UCUGAUCACAAACAGUCAGGAUCAGCAAGAAGAGCUUGAGAAGAUAAAGUUAAAGCGAAUUGAAGUGGAUCACAACGAAGAUACGACAAAAAGGGUAUCCUGGGUAUCUGGGUGCAGACUGAGAUACGCACAUUUUGGGGUUUUUUUGCGCAAAUAUUCUUUUUACAUUUUUAUUUUUUGCUUUGCGUGGAGAAAAGACCUCGAACGCAGACGCAGUGACUUUGAUUUCGCUCCGGAAACGGACCUACAGUCCUAUCACAGGAUUAGCAGCGGUGUGUGUGUGUGUGUGUGUGUGUGUGUGUGUGUGGGUGGCUGAGCUCAGGAUCCUUCUCCCUCUGCGCUCUCACCUGACACGUACUCUAACACACACCCAUGCUCAGUUUGUCGGGAUUGUAUUACAGUGGUCCGGUUCGGAUGAGCGGCGAAUGAAGGCUGUGGAAAUCCUGCACCUCUGCCCCAAAUAAACUUUUGCAACUUUGUCAGUAAGAAACAAUCGAGUUAAUGAGUGCUGCAUUCGGCUCGUCCUUCACCAUGAUGCAGCGUCCGGUGGGAAACACCACUGCCUUCAGCAUCGACUCGCUGAUCGGCGGCUCGCAGCAGCCCAGUCCGGGUCACUUCGUGUACACUGGUUACCCCAUGUUCAUGCCCUACCGCUCUGUAGUGCUUCCUCCUCCACCACCACCUCCUCCACCACCACCUCCACCCGGUCUCACUCAGACUUCUCAUCAUCAUCAGCUCGCCGCUAUACCGGGCGCGUUUUGCUCCAGCUUGGCGCAGGGGAUGGCGCUCACCUCCACGCUCAUGGCCAGUUUGCCCCAACACCCGGAUGCGGCCCGGAAGUUCGGCACGCAGGCUCUACACGCGGCGUUCGACAAAUCUCACGAGAUCCGACUGGAGGCAGAAGACGGAAAAAGUGUCUUAACCAAAGAGACUUCUGCGCUUCUGUCCUUCCACGAUGAGCCUCUGCAAUGCGCUACAGUGAGGAGUCACGGAAAGGACGAUCCCAAGGAAGACGAGUGCACCAGGAAGGACGAGAGCUUCUCCAUGGACAGCGACCUUGACUACAGCUCGGACGACAACAUGGCCCCCGCGUCCAACCCUCUGUGCGCCAAAGACGACGGUGACGCGAGCGCGGGCCUGGAGGAGAGCGCGCGCUCGGGCAGCGCGUCCUCGGGAGGGAAAAACCGCCGGCGGCGGACGGCGUUCACCAGCGAGCAGCUACUGGAGCUCGAGAAAGAAUUCCACUGCAAGAAGUAUCUGUCACUGACGGAACGCUCGCAGAUCGCGCACGCCCUGAAACUCAGCGAGGUGCAGGUCAAGAUCUGGUUUCAGAACCGCAGGGCGAAGUGGAAGCGCGUGAAGGCGGGCAACGUGAACACCAAGGCGGGCGAGCCGUCCCGGAACCCCAAAAUCGUGGUCCCUAUCCCAGUGCACGUGAGCCGCUUCGCCAUCCGGAGUCAGCAUCAGCAGCUGGAGCAGGCCAGGCCGUGACCUGCACUGGGGCUCUGGACCAAAAACUAAAACCCUCCAACAAAUUGAACCGAGGCGAGAGACACGUUUACACAAAGCCACCUGUGAAAUCUGAAUAUAGUCCAUUUAUACGCGGAUUUCUCCCUCUGCGUUCACACGAGAACAAGCGGUUUAUUUCACCAGAAUUCCCGGUCACGAAAAGAGACUUUUAUACUGAACACUGCGACAAAAUAACACACAUCCAAAAGUGUUCACAUAGGGAGUGUGUUAUACUACAUACAGUGUAAUGAGGAUUGGGACGCGGCCCAUGUUCUGGUAACUGGGCAGAGAGACAGGAGCACACACUGAGAGAGAGAGAGAGAGAGAGAGAGAGAGAGAGAGAGAGAGAGAGAGAGAGAGACUGAAUCGAUAAAUAAAUUAAUUCCCUGUAGAUUUCAAAGAAUGUGAAGUUCUCUUUCGUUUUGUUUCUCUGUUGUUUAGUGUGCGCGUGUGUGUGCGCGUGUGUGUGUGUGCGUUUUGGUUUUUUUGGAACAGAGAUGAUGAUGAUGAUGAUGGUGAUGAUGGUGAUGAUGGUGAAUACAUGGAGCACUUUUCCGGCUCUGAUCUGCUGAAGCACUGAGGAAACAGUCCUGCCUUCGAGAUUAUGAUCUGUUCUGUUAUUAUGUGGGAUUUUUUGUUUUUGUUUUUGUUUUGUUUUUCGUUUUUUUUAAUCAAUUCACCUGAUUCUCCUGAUUUGCUAUUUGUUAUUUUUGUUCUGUUUAGUUGUUGUAACUCCAUGAGGGCACGCUGCUAAUUUAUUUCAUAUUGUGAAAAAGAGUUGCUAACCUGCGAAGAGUUUAUUGAGUUGAGAUUGUGUGCAUUAAAGUGGAACGUGAU